CCCGCCGCCCUGAUUGGCUGUGGCCCCGGUGCUCCCGCCCCCCGGGAAUGAAUGGAUGGGCGGCCUCAGCGCCCGCCCGAGCGCUGGGAGGACCGACCCGGCGGGGACCUGCUGGGGGCAGGACCCGGGGAGCAAGAUGGCCACGGUCAUCCCCGGCCCCCUGAGCCUAGGCGAGGACUUCUACCGAGAGGCCAUCGAGCACUGCCGCAGCUACAACGCGCGCCUGUGCGCAGAGCGCAGCCUGCGCCUGCCCUUCCUCGACUCGCAGACCGGCGUGGCCCAGAACAACUGCUACAUCUGGAUGGAGAAGACCCACCGCGGCCCGGGUUUGGCCCCGGGACAGAUCUAUACGUACCCCGCCCGCUGUUGGAGAAAGAAACGGAGACUCAACAUCCUGGAAGACCCCAGACUCCGGCCCUGCGAGUACAAGAUCGACUGUGAGGCGCCAUUGAAGAAGGAGGGCGGCCUCCCAGAAGGGCCGGUCCUUGAGGCUCUACUGUGUGCUGAGACAGGGGAGAAGAAGAUAGAGCUGAAGGAGGAGGAGACCAUUAUGGACUGCCAGAAACAGCAGCUGCUGGAGUUUCCACAUGAUCUUGAAGUGGAAGAUUUGGAGGAUGACAUUCCCAGGAGGAAGAACAGGGCCAAAGGAAAGGCAUAUGGCAUCGGGGGUCUCCGGAAACGCCAGGACACCGCUUCCCUGGAGGACCGAGACAAGCCGUAUGUCUGUGAUAUCUGUGGGAAACGGUAUAAGAACCGGCCAGGGCUCAGCUACCACUACACCCACACCCACCUGGCUGAGGAGGAGGGGGAGGAGAACGCUGAACGCCACGCCCUGCCCUUCCACCGGAAAAACAACCAUAAACCCAAGAAGGCGCCUGACGGCACUGUCAUCCCCAACGGCUACUGUGACUUCUGCCUGGGUGGUUCCAAGAAGACGGGGUGUCCAGAGGACCUCAUCUCCUGUGCCGACUGUGGGCGAUCAGGACACCCCUCGUGUUUACAGUUCACGGUGAACAUGACGGCAGCUGUGCGGACCUACCGCUGGCAGUGCAUUGAGUGCAAGUCCUGCAGCCUGUGUGGCACCUCGGAGAACGACGACCAGCUGCUGUUUUGUGACGACUGCGAUCGAGGUUACCACAUGUACUGCCUGAGUCCCCCCAUGGCGGAGCCCCCGGAAGGGAGCUGGAGUUGUCACCUCUGUCUUCGGCACCUGAAAGAGAAGGCCUCUGCCUACAUCACCCUCACCUAGGCCUGGCUCUGGCUCACCUGGACCUCUGGGGUGGUACUUGCCCACCUGCCUCUUGGAGCUCCUCCACUCUCUCCCCAUCCUUAAUGCCCCACGGUGGGAGGGGUGGGGGGGCCUGAGAGGGGCUGGGCCACCCCCUCCCCUCUGUGCAAGUGGAAUGUUUGCCCUGUGGGUUGGCGGGGCCCCCAGGGUCCUCGCCCUUCCCUCCCCUCCUUCCUCCCCCCUUGGCAAAUGGGCACCAGGGGCUUCUGCUCCCCUCAAAGCCAUACCCCCGCCUCUGGGCGGGCACGAGGGGUGGUGGAUGCCAGCUGGGG